AAUUACCGGGAAAUAACGCCUGCCGGUUUUCUGGUUCGUCCUCAGUCCUCACUAUUCCUCCGCUCAAUCUGCAACUGCGCCUCCUCCGCGCCGUCCGCACUACCGCCGCCUCCUCGCCGUCCGCGAUAACGCCGCCCAUCCGUCUGCGACAACGCCUCAUCAUCCUCUAUUCUGUUGCGUCUUCUGGUUUCUCAGGGUAAGCAAAUAAAACGAAAAGCUUUGCCCUGUUUUGAAGUCUAAACUGAUGGGGGAGCUUGCAACUCAGAAACAUGUUGAAUUCAUUGUAUCAGUUGAAAAGAGAAAGGACUCUUUUGAGGCGGUCGCGAUGGAGCAUAUAAGAAUAAGUGGAGCAUACUGGGGUUUGACUACUCUUGAUCUUUUGGGAAAGCUCCACGUUGUGGAUGUUGAAGAGGUUGUUUCCUGGGUCAUCCAGUGCCAACAUGAUUCAGGUGGGUUUGGAGGUAGCAUUGGGCACGACCCACACAUACUGUAUACAUUAAGUGCUGUGCAGGUUUUGGCCUUGUUUGACAAGCUUGGUGUUCUGGAUGUUGAGAAGGUUGCAAGUUAUGUGGCUGGGUUGCAAAAUGAUGAUGGAUCAUUUUCAGGAGACAUGUGGGGUGAAAUUGAUACACGGUUUUCUUAUAUUGCUAUCUCUUGUCUCUCAUUACUACAUCGUUUGGAUAAAAUCAAUGUCGAGAAGGCAGUCAGCUACAUUUUAAGUUGUAAAAAUCAUGAUGGAGGGUUUGGAUCUACGCCCGGUGCGGAGUCUCAUGCAGGUCAAGUUUUCUGUUGCGUGGGUGCCCUUGCCAUUACGGGGUCACUACAUCAUAUUGACAAGGACCUCCUCGGUUGGUGGUUAUGCGAGCGGCAAGAUAAUAAAACUGGAGGUCUUAAUGGUCGGCCAGAGAAACUUCCCGAUGUCUGCUACUCAUGGUGGGCUCUUUCCAGUUUGAUAAUGAUUGACAGAGUUCAUUGGAUCAAUAAGGACAAACUCAUCAAGUUCAUUUUAAACUGCCAGGACAUUGAAAAUGGAGGAAUUUCUGACCGACCAGAUGAUGCCGUUGAUGUCUACCAUACCUACUUUGGUGUAGCUGGACUUUCCCUUCUUGAAUAUCCAGGGUUGAAAGCUAUCGAUCCGGCAUACGCUUUGCCAGUUGAUGUCGUAAAUAGGAUUAUAUUGGACAGGUAGAAGGCUCUUGUUGCAAUGUGAUACCUCAUUGUUUCUCUAAUAUGUUACAAAGCUCACCAAAGUUUUGCAUAUUUGGUUAAUAGGACUGGACUAGAUUGAAAUGAAUCAUUUGAUUCUGAAAGAUAACUAUAUUUCAAGACU